CUGAAGCGAUGUCAAGUCGGAAAUUUUUUGAAGUGUCAUCUUGCGAAUUGUUUAUUUUCUGCAUCAGUUAUUUAUCCUUUGUGUAAUUUAUUAAACUCAAGAUGCCUAGCCAAGAAGUAACAACUACUAAAGUUAUAGUACAUCCAUUGGUAUUAUUAAGUGUAGUUGAUCAUUUCAACCGAAUGGGUAAAAUCGGAAAUCAAAAACGUGUCGUAGGUGUUCUGUUAGGAUGUUGGCGAGCAAAAGGAGUUUUGGAUGUAUCCAAUAGUUUUGCAGUACCGUUCGACGAGGACGACAAAGAUAAAUCGGUUUGGUUUUUGGAUCACGAUUAUCUAGAAAACAUGUAUGGUAUGUUCAAAAAAGUGAAUGCAAGAGAACGAGUGGUAGGCUGGUAUCACACAGGCCCAAAGUUACAUCAAAAUGACAUUGCCAUUAACGAGUUGAUUAGAAGAUACUGCCCAAAUUCAGUUUUAGUUAUAAUUGAUGCUAAACCAAAAGACUUGGGUCUUCCUACUGAAGCAUACCAAGCUGUUGAAGAAGUUCAUGAUGACGGUUCGCCCACAUCCAAAACAUUUGAACAUGUUCCAAGUGAAAUAGGAGCCGAGGAGGCUGAAGAAGUUGGUGUAGAACAUUUGUUGAGGGAUAUUAAAGAUACAACUGUGGGAACUUUAUCGCAACGAAUAACCAAUCAACUUUUGGGCUUGAAAGGUUUACACUCCCAAUUAAGAGACAUCAGAGAUUAUUUAGUACAAGUAUGUAGUAAUCAACUCCCAAUUAAUCAUCAAAUUAUUUACCAAUUACAAGAUAUCUUCAAUCUUCUGCCAGAUAUAAAUCAAGAUGCUUUCAAUACAUCAUUUUAUGUGAAAAAUAAUGACCAAAUGCUCGUCGUUUACUUGGCUGCUUUGGUUAGAUCUAUCGUCGCUUUACAUAAUUUGAUUAAUAAUAAACUUACAAAUAAAGAUGCAGAAGAAGGUAAAAAAGAGGAGAAUAAAAAGGAUAGCAGCAAGGACAAGGAAGCUAAAGACAAGGACAAAGAAAAAGAUAAAGACUCAAAGAAAGAUGAGAAGAAAAAGUAGAUUACCAGGAGACAGUUUAAUUUGAUGUACUUUUUAUUUAUCAAUCUGUGAAUUUCAUUUCCAUUAUUUUUUCAUUUGCAUCAGAUGUACAUAAAGUUGAUUGUUUCCAUUGAUAGUUUGUUUUUUAUUAUUUUGGUUUAUACUUUCAUAAGCUAAUUUAUAUAAAGAUUAAAUCUUUUUUGCAACUGA